UUGUGGCGGGUAACUUCAUCCGACACGCUAGGACCAAGAUUCUAUCUUUCCAUGUUCAACACUUCACUCUCUCCUUGGCCCGCCUCGAUCUUUUCUCCUUCACACAUUCCUUCUCUUUUUUUCAUUUCGUUUCUGCGUGCGCGAUUACGUGAGGGAGAGGAAUUUCCCCCUUCCUCACCCUUCACCAUGCAACGCACGAUCCGAUGGCAAUUCUACACCAAAAGACAGAGGGAUAUCGCUCUGGGUUUGCUCCUCGGCUCUUCCCUCUCCACCGGACUCGGCGCCGCAUAUUAUUCUCGACGGCCUUUGCUAGCACAUGGCGGCUCCCUUGAGCAGUCCAAGUCAUGGCGCUCCAAAUCGACCGUCAUCUCUUCCGACUCCUCGACUUCCAAGAACCGCUCACAGGCCUCCGCGGACAAGAAGGACAUCCAGGCGCCCGAGAGCGCCAAGAACACGCAGGACCCUCCGCUACAAUCCCACGGCCACUCUCCGUUCGAGGGAAAAGACGACCUGCCCGAGGCGCCUACUUCUGCCUGGCAGGAGGCUACUAAGCGUGUCGCUGCGGUGAGCGACAGCUUCACCGGCUUCGAUUUCGCCUCCAUCCGCUCCAAGAUUACCGAUACGAUUCUUCCAUCCUGGAUCCGCAUGCUCCCCGAAUACGUGCACAAGGUGCAGGAUGAGCUGUCCGGCGCCCCAUACUCCCUGGGUUGGGAGAUCUGGGAGGAUGCUCAUGAUGCCGAGAUCAACCCCGAAAUCGUCUGGGACGCAAGCGUCAGGAUUUCUCGAGACCUAUGCUCGCAGGAGCAGGACUUCCGGCAGAAACGCCUGCAGUUUACAGCGAAAGCCCUGGCCAAGUACUUGAACGUCCCCGAAUCCGAAGUCCAGCCUGAGGAUGUACCGGUGAUUGCCAUGUGUGGAUCGGGCGGUGGACUGCGAGCCCUUGUUGCUGGCGCGUCGUCUUCUUUGUGCGCGCAGGAGGCAGGUCUUCUCGAUUGUGUUACUUAUACCGCCGGCGUCAGUGGCAGCUGCUGGUUACAGACUCUUUACAACUCUUCCAUCGGCCAACACGACCACGCUCGGGUCAUCGAGCAUCUCAAACACCGAAUCGGCGUCCACAUCGCCUAUCCGCCCAACGCAUUGAAGCUCUUCAGCCAAGCACCCACCAACAAAUUCCUGCUCAGCGGCUUCGUGGAGAAGCUACGUGGCGUGCCGGACGCGGAUUUCGGCGUGGUCGACAUCUACGGCCUACUGCUUGCAGCCCGUCUGCUCGUGCCCAAGGGCGAGCUCAACGUGAGCGCCAACGACCUCAAAGUCUCCAAUCAGCGAUACAGCGUACAAAGUGGUGCAGUGCCAAUGCCCAUCUACACGGCCGUCCGUCACGAGAUCCCCGAGGAAAUGAAAGGCCACAUCGCUCCGUCGCAAUCGGCAUGGUAUACUACCAAGCAUUACGACUGGUUCCAAUGGUUCGAGUGGACCCCGUAUGAAUUCUUCUGCGAGGAGCUCGGUUGCGGCAUUCCAACGUGGUCGGUUGGGAGGGGCUGGAACGGAGGAGAAACGGUGUGGCGAGACAAUGGACUCGCUCUACCCGAGCUCCGUGUACCUCUGAUGCUGGGCAUUUGGGGCAGCGCCUUCUGUGCGACCCUUUCGCACUACUACAAGGAAAUUCGGCCCCUCUUAAAGACCGCCGGACUGGAUAAGUUGGACGGUCUGCUUGCCGGGAAGGAUGAUGAUCUGGUCAAGGUUCAUCCUGUCGAUCCAGCCCUGAUCCCCAACUUUUGUCUGGGGUUGCGUGACAAACUUCCAGACACCACUCCGGAGAGCAUCCACAGCGAACAGCAUCUACAGUUGAUGGACGCCGGCAUGUCCAACAACCUGCCCAUCUACCCCCUGCUGCGGCCUGGACGGGAUGUGGAUGUCAUUAUUGCAUUUGACGCCUCGGCUGAUGUCAAGACGGACAACUGGGUCAAAGUGGUGGAUGGCUAUGCGAGGCAACGAGGCAUUCAAGGCUGGCCAAUGGGUGCGGGAUGGCCGCCUCAGACCAACAGCAGGGAAGAGAAUGCUCAGCAGCUCGAGGACAAGCAAGACGCGAAUCACUCCAAUAACCACGAGGCCUCGCAAACCGCGGAGCAGAACGAUGAGAUGGAGGAGUCCGUGCAAGUGACGGAGAAUGAUGAAGAUCUGGGCUACUGCAACGUCUGGGUGGGCCAGGUGCACGAAAAGCACGAAUACAUGGAUGAAGUAGCGGGACGCCCGGUGAGGGGGGAGGACGAUGAGUCGCACUUGACAUCCCCAGACGCAGGCAUUGCUCUCAUCUAUUUCCCGUUCCUGGCCAACGACAAAGUGUCCGGCGUGGAUCCCAUGAAGUCGGACUUCAUGUCGACGUGGAACUUCGUCUACAAGCCUGAGGAGAUUGACAGCGUCGUCAGGCUUGCCAAGGCCAAUUUCGAGGAAGGGCAGGAGCAGACUAAACGCACCGUUCGAGCGGUGUGGGAGCGGAAGAAGGCGAGGAGGUUGCAAGGGGAGACGGAGGAGAAAGAGUUCCAGCGAAUGGCGAGGAUGGUGCACACCGAUGGAGUCGGCCAGUGGGACCAUUUCAGUGGCCAUUGAAGGCCAUGAUACCGAUUUUGAGGCUGAGAUUGACCAUUGAUACCCAUUAUAAUCGAAUGAAUAGCAUCUCGCGAACGAC